GGUCUGAGGAAGGAGGCUGGGUGGGAAUCAUAGGUCCCGAAGGGCAGAGCAGGCCCUCACCUCUUUGCUGGCUCCCAGGGCACCUCCAGGUGGCAAGAGCUGCCCACUCGGCACCAUGAGCACCAGCAUCGGCCCAGAAGCUGCCCCCAAACCGAGUGCCAAGUCCAUUUAUGAGCAGCGGAAGCGGUACUCCACGGUGGUGAUGGCGGAUGUGUCCCAGUAUCCCGUCAAUCACUUGGUGACGUUCUGCCUGGGCGAGGAGGAUGGCGUGCACACGGUGGAGGACGCCUCGAGGAAGCUGGCCGUCAUGGACAGCCAGGGCCGCGUCUGGGCCCAGGAGAUGCUGCUGCGCGUGUCUCCCGACCACGUCACGCUGCUUGACCACGUCUCCAAGGUGCCAGUG